AUGGAGAGGGAGAGUUGUGUAUAUGGUGUUAUGUGAUGUGAAGUGAUGUAUACAUUUUUUUGGGAACAGAAUUAAUCCUUCGAUCUCUCUGAGAACAAGUUUCUCGCGGUAAUGAUUUUUUAAUAAUAUGAACGCUGUGGAAGACAGAGGAAAUGUUGAACCAGCCCCACGAGUUCGUCGCGUUAAAAGAUAUUCGACGGAGAUACCUGAAGGUUGGUGGAAGCUAAUGCGUCGACGAAAGUCGGGAUUAUCGAAAAAUAGGUUCGACAGUUACCUGAUAGCACCUGAUGGAAAGCGGCUUAGAUCGAGCGUAGAGCUGUGGAAAUAUUUAAAAGACAAUAACUUAACUUGGCCGCAAACUUGUUGUGAUACAAAAUCCAUCUUUAGCCAGAAAUCGCAUCACAAUUUGUGUACAGAGGAUGCUGAUGAGAUUUUGUUGGAAAAUAACCCGAAAGCACAAAAAAUACAUGCACCAGAAUCAACAAAAAAUGAACUGUUUCGUGAUACUGUAAUAAAAUCAGAAAUCGUACCCGAACAAAGUAGGUCACUGAUAGACCACAGUUACUAUUUCAAGCAAGAGGAUGACAAAGACAUAUUUGCAGAAGACAUGUGUAUAGAAAGCCCAACAUUUGAAAACGGGAUACGGCAAGACACAAUCGCAGAGUACUUGGCAAUGAAAUUUUCAAUCAAGACUGAAGACUGUGAAGUUGCAGAGUGUUGGACUUCAGUGAACGAUUCCCAGGCAGAAGUGCUAUCAGCAGUGCAUCAUAAUACAGUGGAACACCAAAGUUCAGUGUCAGGAUUGUGUAAUACUGUGAAACAUUCAGAGAAAUCAAAUUUAACAUCGCAACUGAGUAAUAUAUGUUUAAAUUCCAUACCAUUGUCUAAUGUAAAGGAAGGAGCAUUGCGUCAAUAUGAGGUAAGACCUAGAAAAUGGAUACCUCCGAAGUCCCCCUUUAAUCUCAUUCAAGAAACACUCUUUCAUGAUCCAUGGCAACUUUUGCUAGCCACAAUUUUUCUCACAAAGACAGAGGCACAAAGAGCUACGGAAAGUUUUUACAGAUUCAUUGAACGUUGGCCAACAGCUGAUGACAUCAUUGAUGCAGAUAUUACUGAGCUGUCACAGUUUAUAACACCUCUAGGCUUUCAUCGUUUACGAGCAUAUUCGAUUAAGAAAUUUUCAUAUGAGUUUAGGCAUAAAUCUUGGGAAGACCCAAUUCAGCUCUUUGGUAUUGGCAGAUAUGGAAGUGACUCGUAUAAAAUUUUUGUAACCGGUGAGUGGCAAAAUUGUCAUCCACAGGACCAUAUGCUGCAGAAAUAUGUCCACUGGCUGGCAGCAAAUUAUCCACUUGAAACCAACAAAUAAUCUGCAUCCAACAUUAAUUUUUCUUUGAUAUCCAAAAGAUUGUUGGUGUCAUGUUCAGUGAAAAUAUGUGUCUCUGUUAGCUUGAAGCAAAUAAGUCAACUGAAGAAAUGUAAUUUACAAUGUCAAAUUUUAAUUUCUCUUUAAUUAUGGUUCAUUUAAAGUAUGAUUUUUAAAUGAGUUAAAUUGAGAAUACAUUGAAGGACAUGUGCUUGAUAAAAACUGUUUACAUAUAAUGUACUAACUCUAUUUUAUUCAGAUGAACACUUGUAUCGGAAUAAUGUCUCCUUCAUAUUAGGAUAGUUUAAGUGUCAAAUAUUCUGUUUCAUUGCCAUAAUUUAGUUUUUUUUUUUUUUUUUUUUUUUUUUUUUUUUUUUUUUUUUUUUUUUUUUUGAAAAUAGUACUCAUGUACUUUAAGGGGUAAUUUUUGAGAAGUAUGAAUGUUUGGUCUGAAAACUGACCAAUUUGGUAUAUAAAUAUAGUUUAUGAAAAUUAUUUAUUUUUUUCCAGUAAUGUCAUGUAUUUAAAUCAUUUCCUACAAUGAGAUUAGGUUCAUUUGGACUGCUCUUUCAUAUUCCCUACAAAUAGCAGAGUUUAACAUAUGUUUUUAAAGUAUUAAUGGCCUACAUUAAGCAACUUUGGAAGGGUAUUUGAUGUUAUUAUUUAAUUAGGUAAUGGCUCACUGCAACAUACAGUGAUCUCCAGUCCCAUAUUUGUGUAGUACAUUAUAUGUAUUCCAAGAAAAUUUUCUCGGGCAUAAUGUAUUGAGGCUUAGAGACACACAUCUUCAUGAGUAUAUAUUUACAUGUUAUGUAUAAAGCAUCUGUGUUAUGGAAUGCACCAAUAGUUUCUCUAUUCAUUCCUGUGUGUUUCUGAGAAAUAUUUUAAAGAAAAAAAGAACUGAUACAAAAGUUAUAAUGAUCGAUUCUAAUUUCUCAGUUAUUACAGUUUCUGGUGUACAGCUAAUUUAUUGCACACAAAGUGUUUUUUUAUUUAUGAUUCUGGAUUUUUGUUUUAAGCAAAUGAACAGUUUUACUUGAAUGAGCUGUUGUUGCCAUCGCAGCAGAAACCACCUCAAACUGAUGACCUACUGUUCUUAAGUUCUGUGUGUAUGAAUUUUGUUCUGUAAAAGUUAUGUAAUGGAUUAUUCUUUAAAUCAACUCUACAUGAAGCUGCAAUAAUUUGCUUAUCCUCUGGCAGGAAACGCAACAUGAAAACCAUCACAUACAUAUUUUUGUAUGUAUGUAGAGAACCUAAGGCUAAAAGGUACUGGUAAUUCAGCCAGUGUAGUACUCCGUUAAAGGUGUAAUCUGCUGGUGGAUUGCAAAGUAGGAUCUAUGCUACCAGUACACACUUCCUUGCCGUAUAGUACCAAGUAUUACGUGUAACAACAAAAAAUAUCAGCUCUGACAAUGUAAUGUAAUUGAAUAGACAAAAAAAUAUACUCCAAGUGGCAGCAGGAUAACAAAUGUAAAUAAUGUAUUUGUAUGUUCUCCUGUGCGCCACUUGGCGAGUAGAUUUUUUUUUGUCUAUCCAGUUAAAUUGUGAGUGUUGUGUGUGUUUUUCUCCGUGGUGGUGUUGCUCUCUAGUAUGGUAAAUUGUGAUAUUAUGAUGUAAUGUGACUGACUGUGUAUUACACACCACAGAUUUGUUCAUAUGUGUUAACAAUAGGUAUUAAUUGCCACAGUCAGUAAAUUUCGAAGUACUGGUUGCAGAGAAAUGGAUUAGUAAUUAUUCUUUAAAGUUUGUUAUUACAAAUUGUUGGAAUACAUGCGUGUGUGUGUGUGUGUGUGUGUGUGUGUGUGUGUGUGAGAGAGAGAGAGAGAGAGAGAGAGAGAGAGAGAGAGAGAGAGAGAGAGAUAGAUAGAUAGGAUUAUCUUCCCUGAAUUGUGUACUAGUACAAUAGUGUGGCAACUGUGAAAACCACGGUAUUUAUGAAGGUCGCCGCAGAGACUGCUAAAAAUCAUAGCAAUAAGUGCAUUAUACAUAGAGAUUAAUGGACAGUACAGCAGUUCUGUGUUAUUACAGGUACGAGGACACAGUUUGAAGCAUUUGCAUUCAGCAUAAAAUGUAACUUACAUUUUAUCCAUAAAACUGCAAUUCUGAUUAAAUUUGGUUAUCUGUCAUAGAAA